UAAGAUUUCAAAUUUUGAAAAAUAAAAAAAUUUAAAUUUUUCAAAAGAUAAAAUGCUAUUUUGGUCAUUUUAGUUUUUGAUUGCUAUUUUUGUGAUAUAAACUUAGAAAAGUGCUAUUUUGGAGAUUUGCCCUUUUUUUUUCUUUUUAAAUAAUAUAUAUAUAUAUAUAUAUAUAUAUAUAUAAUUAUAAGUUUUCUUUAGUAAGAGCAUGUGCAUCGUUGGAACCCCAUUUGGGGUUUCAGAUUUUUAAUUUUUUUUUUCAUCAAAAAAAAAAGAAAAAAAAAAAAUCAAUCGCGGGCUGCCACGUAUCAGUGAAGCCUGCGAAAAUCACAAAAACCCUAAAAAAAUCGAUCUUUAGACAACCUCCAUCAGAUAUUUUAGAAAAGGGUUCUAAAGAAAAAAACAAAAUAAAAAUAAAUAAAAAAUGAGUUAAAAACAUAGAACAGGUGUUUAGUACUACUUUUCUGAAUUUCUUUCCUUUUUGAGAGAUGUUUUGAGUAUCUUUGUUGGGUAACGUUUCUGAAUAUCAAGCUUCUGUUUUGCAGCUUAAGGUAGAUAAGCUUAGGUUGGUUGAGGUUUGUGGAACAUCAGAAUCUGAAUUCUCUUGUGUAAGUGACAUUGUUUUCUUAUUUAUUUUUCUGAUUCUUGAAUGUUCAAGUACUGAUUUAGAGUUCGUGGAUUAUUCAAACAGGUCUCCACCUCCAUGAUAGAUCUUUGCUAUGACUGUGUUGGGGUCUCUAAGGAGAAGAAAGAGGCAAAAAAAGUUAAAGGAAACCGGGGUAUGUUUACUCUUAAUACUCUCUAAUACUAGUCUGAACAUAGGUUUCAAAUCGAGCAAAAUAAUUUGAUAAUGUGAACAUUCUCCUCAGAGUUGCUUGAUGUGUUACCUGGAAAUAUCUUUGAGGAUGUGCAAUAAUCUUUUUGAUCUAUAUCAGAUAUGGUUCUUACCCAUUGAGAGGGAAGUAUUGUCAUGAGAUGGCUUUGAGGAUCCUCCUUGCCAGCAUUGAGGUUUGUUUAUCUUAACCAUUUCUUCUUUUCGAUGUAACAUUCUUGUGUCUUGUGCUGAUAAACGAUGCAAACACGAUAUGUUGAUUGUGUAAUGUCUUUAUGUCUUUGUGUCACGGGUGGAACAUUGCGAGUUGUUCUGUUGUUUUGUUUUUUUCUUGCGUUAUGGAAUCAAGAUAGUUUUGUUGUUUUCUUGUGUCAUUGUCUUUAAAAUACUAUCUUGUACUGAACAACUCUUGUAAACAAUUUGUGCAAUCUUCUCCUUCUCAUAUUCUUCUUUCUCUCAUCCAAAUUCAAAAUAUUCAUCUAAAUCUAAAAAAAAUCAAUCUUGAAACAAUUUUUUUUAGAAACCCUUAAUUAAGAAACUACCAAUGGAGCACAAAAACUAUGAGUUUCUUAACUAAAAUUUCUAACUAACAUUUAUUAUUAUAAAAGUCUUUUAAGAAACUCAAAUGGGGUUAUAGGGAUAAUCACGCUCUUACAGAGAAGGAGAAGAUGAGGAUGAGAUGAUAGGGCUUGUGGUGAAUAGAGUUUUAGCUGAAGUGAACAAUACACCAGAGCAAGUUGGAGAAUACACGGUUGGCUUGGAGUCACGUGUUGAUGAUUUGAUGAGUUGGAGAAAGUUGGAGAAUACACGGUUGGCUUGGUUGCGCCAGAACUCUAGUGGCGACACUACUGCAUUGGUUUUCUGCUGCUUCUUCGAAUCUUUCUCCAGUGUUACCUUCGCAUUACAAUAACAAAGGAGGCAAUUCAACUACUAUAAACCAACAACAUGAUCACCACAGGAUCAUUGGUUACAAGGUAUCAUUAUGAUUCACAUUUGAAUAAUCUCAGGGAACAUAGUCUACCUCUUGAUCAAAGUCGAUCUUCCUGAUUGUUUUUCCCACUGAUAAGUUGUCUUUAACCUUGGACGUUGAAUGAGUCAUAGGCUCCAAAUCACCACCUUUAAGGAUCUUCUCACUUUUCUUCUUUGGUUUUCCAUUCUUUCCGGGCUUGUUACUAUCGCUUAGAGGUGUUUUUGUCACCUUGAGCUUACCUUUUCCCUAUUCUGAUUCUUUUGCAGUACUCAUACUUGAGUUUAUCAACAUUAUCUGCACCAGUAUGCUUCUUUUCCGCUGGCGAUAUCACUUGGUCACUGAUAAGCUCACAUUCAUCUUUUGCUACAGCACCGCACUUAGCCUUACUCAAACCACCUUCAAGUAGGGAAAGCGUGUGCACAUCUUGCCUGUUGAUGAUACCGUUGAAGGUGUCACCGGAAACCUCUCGAUGCUUACCUCAAACGCUUACUCAACCGUUGGUACACCAGACUACAUUGCACCUGAAGUCUUGUUAAAGAAAGGGUACGGCAUGGAAUGUGUCUGGUGGUCACUAGGAGCUGUUUUAAUGUACGAGAUGCUGUUGUAUAUCCACCGUUUUACGCCGACGACCCAAUGUCAACUUGUAGAAAGAUAGUGAAUUGGAAAGCACAUUUGAAGUUCCCUGACGAAGCAAGGCUAUCACGAGAGGCUAAAGAUCUCGUUGGUAAGCUUUUGUGUAACGUUAACCAACGACUCGGUGCCUCUCAAAUUAAGUCACAUCCAUGGUUCGAAGGUGUUGAAUGGGAAAAGAUUUACCAAAUGGAAGCUGCUUAUAUCCCUGAGGUCAACGAUGAUUUGGAUACUCAAAACUUUGAGAAGUUUGAUGAGGAAGAUCAUCAAACUCUGACACCCUCCUGUAGAACAGGACCAUGGAGAAAAAUGUUAUCUUCAAAAGACAUAAACUUUGUUGGCUACACAUACAAAAACUUCGAAAUCGUCAACGACUAUCAAGUCCCUGGGAUAGCGGAACUGAAGAAGAAAGAGACAAAAGCAAAGAGACCAUCCGUUAGGUCACUAUUCGAGAGCGAAUCAUCAGAGUCGUCAUCGGACACGUCACAAACGGUGGCUGGUACAGAGAAACAUAUAGGGCCUGUUUGUUUCACCAUUUGUCAUCUCCAUCCAAAUGAUUCAUUUGCAUGAUCUAUUCAGAUGAUCCAUUCUCAUUUUUGUGAUUGUUUGUUUGUUCAUCCACAUGGCUCAUCUAGAUGAAUCAUCUAAAUAGAUUUUAUGUUUGUUUCUUUAUUUUCAUUUUCAUUCAAAUGAGUUUAGUCAACAAAUUACCAAAAUACCCUUGUGUUGGUUUAAUCAUAUGUUUGAUAUUAAUUUUAACUAUAUUACAUUUAAUAAUUAAGUUUCAUAUAUU